AUGUGCCACCAACUGCGCCAGCUGCACUCCGUAUGCGGCCAUGUCACCAAGCGGGAGAUCCCCUGCGACGUCGCCACAUUCAGUCCCAAGAAACCCAGCCCUCAACCAUGGCCUCCAGCUGUCGACACAGGAAGCAAAGUGAAAGACGCCUUUCUGACAUGGUGUCUCAAGUCACUCAAGCCUGUCGCCACCAAGACUCGCCCAAGCUCAAAAUCUUGCCGGCAACUUGCAACCAUCCUUCACGAGGUCGAAUACGGCUUUUGUCCAAAGUGCCGGGAGUACUACGAAGCGUAUGCCGCCGAAGCCCUCGGCAAGGACUUCAAAAAUCCGACGAGGUCCAACAACGUUGUUCUAGCACAGGAGCUGGUCAUGCUUCAGCAAGUGAUUAAGAUCAUUGGCAUGGACAUGGGCGACGGUGGCUCUGCAUCGAGGCUGGAAAAAGUCAAGGAUAUAAGACUAAAGACUCUGGAGUGGGCAGAGGAAGGCGAUAGCGCGCGGAAGAGGGGCGAGAUGGAACGAAAAGCUGGUUUGAAGAGAAAGGCAGAGGAGGAGAAGAAACUGGAGAAGGAGAGGCUCCAACAAGAGAGGCUGGAGCAGGAGAGAGUUGAGAAAGAAAGACUCAGAGAGGAGAAGAUUGAAAGGGAGAAAAGACUCGAGGAGGAAAGAUUCGAGGAGGAGAGAAGAUCCAGGAAAGAGAAAAGGCUCGAAAUCAAGAAAUGGCUUGGGGAAAACAAAAAGCUCGAGAAAGAGAAGUACCACGAGAAGAAUGUCAAGAAGGAGGAUAAAGAAGAGAAGAAACAGAAGAGCGGUAAGGACAAGGAGAAAAUCAUGGUGGCGAUUGAAGACAUCGAAGGAAAAACGCUGAUUGAGUGCGAACAUGGGAAAAGUGAGACGGGGGUGAGGGUUCAAAUAAUCCCUCGACCAGAGCCAGGCGAUUAUCCAAACCCCCUGGAAGUUCCUCGCAGCACCCGCUACCGCGGUCCCCACUUGGGCACCAGCCAUCGUCACGAGGAAGCCUCUGGUGAUGAGGACCCGUUGGAGGACAACCCCAAGCUAUAUAGAUCACGGGUCUUCUCGGACCUCAUCGAAUUCUACGAAUCCCAGUCCCAAGAGACGAAGACAAAGAGUGAGAGGCUCCACCGAGCUACCUCCAAAUCCCUCUCGAAUAAGAAGACACGCGGAUAUCGACAGCCAGAAGUUCAACAAGUCGCUGAGACUGAUGUGUCUGGGCCCACCCUUCGCAAAGAACCCCAAUCCACCGCACAAGGGCUUCCCAAACUCUCAUCAAGCCCCCUUGUCCCGAAGCCCGAGUCGCUACCGUCUCAAUCUGAAGCCACGGCAACUCCAUCAGGCGGUACUAUCCCGGUUGUGACCUCGAAGCACCUUUCUGGGCGCCCAAGAGAGCCGACGAAGAAUGAUAACGUCGUCCAUCAGGCAAACACCAAGAAGAAAGUCUCAGCCCCGAAAUCCACAAGGGAAGAGAAGCCUUCGAAGCCAGAGCCCAAGCCAGUACCGAAGCCAGAGCCAAAGAGAGAACUGAAGCAGGGGCAAGAGAAAGCGAAGAAAAGCAUCAGUACUUUCCAAGGCGGGGCUCACACCAUCCAGAUUCUUUCGGCUCCGAAGCCCCUCGAGGAAGAAUUCCCAAAGACAGGAACAGUGAAGAAGCGCCAGCAGCCUUCGGCCCCUCGCAUUCAGCCACCCGACGCGAACGAUGAGGGGACUGCCCGUGACCAGGACCACAGCAACAAUAAUGUCCCUUUCCCAACCUUUCCCAAAGACGAACAGCUACCAAAGGCGACGGAACCCAAGCCCGCACCUCGACUGAGCUCUCCUUGGCCCCGACCCCUCCGCCGUCGUCUAUCCCGCGAAGACACGAAGAGGCUGCUUGACGAGCAUGUCUUCCACGACAAACUCUCUGACAUCAGCGAGGAGAGAGCGUCUCAACUUUCGGGAGCAUCAAAGUCCUCGAAGGGAAAGGCGCCUGAAACAAAGUCGAUGGAUCAUUAUUCUCUUGCUGGUGAAUGUGGUAGUACUCCCGCCCUGACGAAUGCGAGUACCAUUCCCACAAGCUCUGUCGAGUCCAUGAGGGUCGAGUACAGCCCAAGUGAUAUUUCUCGCUGGGGAUGUGGUAGCACUCCACCCCUGACCACCGCGAGCACUUUGUCCACCACCUCUGCCAACUCCAAGAAGGUCGAAUACGAUCCGAGUGAUCGGUCCACGACUACUGUCGGCUCCAUGACAGCCGAGUACAGCCCAAGCGAUAUUCAUCGUUCGGGAUGUGGGAGCACGGUCUCCAACACGUCGAUCGGUUCGAUGGUCGUGGAGCUUGAUCCGACUGAUCAGCCGAUCUCAUUCGACUCGCCUUGGGGAUGUGGUAGUACUCCCAGCCUGACUACCGCGGGUACUCCGUCGACCGGUUCUUGCGACUCCAUGAAGGUCGAAUACAGUCCUAGCGAUCUGCUGUCCACCAGUUCUGUUCACUCCAUGGAGGUCGAGUACACCCCGAGUGCUCAGUCCGAGUUAUGGGAGGACAUCCUUCAGCGCUUAGGGGUCGAGGCGGAGAAAGAGACAGGGUGGCUGGUGCAUCCAGAGUACUGCGGGUGCUUGGGUUGCAUCAAGGAAGCAUGA